AUUUUCCAAAGAAGUAAGGGUUAUUUCUGGUAUCCCACCCAAACCUAUAUGACCUUCCGUCUCUCCGUGGAUGCCAAAAACCCCCAGUCAUCUCUCAGAGAACGAACAUUCCAAGAACGUCGUCGUAUUGUUCUUCGCUCUCUCUCUCUCUCUCUCUCUCUCUCUCUCUCUCUCUCUCUCUCUCUUUUCAAUUCGUACCAAUCUCUGCAACACUAUCCGUACAGAGAUGGAUGAUGUAAACGACAAGCUAGCGUAUUUUCAAGCGAUCACAGGCCUCGAAGACUCCGAUUUGUGCGUGCAGAUCCUCACCGCCCAUGGCUGGGACCUCGAGCUCGCGAUCUCCGCCUUCACCACCACCACCACGAACGACACACCUUCGCCGGAGAAUUCCGCCUCCGGCACCACCUCCACAGUCCCCGACGGCAGUGUCGGUGGUGGCCUAUACUCCGUUUCUCAACGCGGAGAACCGUCGCAUCCAUCUGGACCGUCAUCAAAUGCCGUCGCACCACCCGGUUUGGCUUGGAAGAUCAUCACUUUGCCGAUUUCGGUAAUUUCUGGUAGUUUAGGGUUGAUUUCCGGCGCAAUUGGUCUUGGACUGUGGGCCGCGGGCGGAGUGCUCUCCUACUCUCUCGGAAUGAUUGGAAUCGGGUCGGGUCGGGACGGUGAGUCGUCGGCCCGAUUAUUGUCGGUGUCGGCGGUGGCGAAUGAAGCGAUGCAGUUCGUGGCGAGUUUCGAGAGGGAUUACGGGACGAGGAGGCCGAAUUUCGUAAGCGAAGGGUUUAUGGACGCGUUGCAGAGGUCGAGGAACUCGUUCAAGCUGAUGUUCGUGUACUUGCACUCGCCAGACCAUCCUGAUACGCCGUUGUUUUGUGAGAGGACUCUGUGCUCCGAGACCUUGGUGGCGUUUAUCAACGAGAAUUUCGUGUCGUGGGGAGGGAGCAUUCGGGCCAGUGAAGGCUUCAAGAUGAGUAAUAGCUUGAAGGCCUCAAGAUACCCCUUUUGUGCCGUCGUUAUGGCCUCCACGAACCAGAGGAUCGUGCUGCUUCAACAGGUUGAGGGGCCAAAGUCUCCUGAAGAAAUGCUCGCAAUAUUGAACAGAGUGGUUGAAGAAAGUGCUCCUGUUCUUGUUGCAGCAAGGCUUGAUGCAGAAGAAAGGAGAAACAACAUUCGUUUAAGGGAGGAGCAAGAUGCUGCUUAUAGAGCAGCACUUGAAGCUGAUCAAGCAAGGGAAAACCAGAGGAGGGAAGAGCAAGAACGUCUGGAAAGAGAAGCAGCUGAAGCUGAGAGGAAGCGCUUGGAAGAAGAAGAGGCUCGUGAAAGAGCAGCACGUGAAGCUGCGGAGAAAGAGGCUGCACUAGCUAGGAUGCGGCAGGAGAAAGCCUUGUCGCUUGGUGCCGAACCUGAAAAAGGACCUAAUGUUACACAAGUUGUGGUGAGGUUCCCAACCGGAGAACGCAAGGAAAGGAGGUUUGACAGUAGUGCAAAAAUCCAAACUCUCUAUGAUUAUGUUGAUUCUUUGGGUUGCUUAGAUGUGGAGAAUUACAGUCUGGUUUCGAACUUCCCUCGAGUGGUAUAUGGACCGGAGAAGCUGUUGUUAUCCUUGAAAGAAGCCGGGUUGCAUCCUCAGGCCAGCCUUUUUCUGGAGCUGAAUUCUUAGAGAAGUUUAAUGCAGAGAGUGUUAUUAAAAAUGUAGUAGGUUUACUCUGUUUUGCAUAUCUAUAUACUAGCAACUAUGUCCAUUUUAUUAGAACCAACAAUGAUAUGAUGAGGUAAGAUAGAUGAUAUGAUACCAUUCUCUCCCAUCUCUUCUCUUCUC